CGCAUGUCUGUCAAUCAGCGCGACAGCUGAAGGGAAGUGUAAUCUUCAUUCAUUGCGGAAAAUAAGGCAUUUAAUGGCACAAUGUAUUCGUUCACAGUGACUCUGAUGGCUUUAGUGAACACUUACUGUCUCGCUGAUGGGAAAACUGUAGCGGGAAUGUUUCGGAGUCAUACAGCGAGGGAAAACAAUGGGCAAUAUAUUACAAGAUUUCUCUACCACGGAGAGAAUGGCCUGAUGGCUUACCGGCUGGACAACGUGCCCCUGGCAGUACAUAAAGAGGCCAGACUCCUGCUGUUUCAGGGCAUGCAGGGUUUUGAGAACCUGAGUUGCCUGGACAGAGUGUCAGCAGCCCAGCUUAGCAUAACCCUGAGCACAGAGGAACACAAUCAGACCAUACCACGACAGGCCAGACCCCAGACCUGGCAUGUGAUAUAUGCAGACCGUUACACCUGCCAAGAAGAGGAGCUUGCUGAUGUGCAAGAGGAUGUGGGCUUCCAGCUCACCAUGCUAAACCCAGACUCAGCAGGGAACCCAACGGACCACUUCAGUGCUGAGGAGGCAGGUUUGCACAGCUUUUUCUUCUUGCUGAUCCUGGCCUACUUUGUGGCCUCCUGUAUCUACAUGCAGCCCCUGUGGCAGGCUUUGUAUAAGGGAGGUCCCAUGCACACCGUGCUGAAGGUCUUGUCCACAGCUCUGUUCCUGCAAGGUCUAUCUGUGCUCUUGAACUACAUCCACAUGGCCAAGUAUGCUAGAGACGGAGUGGGAACACCUCUAAUGGGCAAUCUAGCAGAGUUCUGUGACAUGGUGGCUCAAGUGCAGAUGCUGUACAUGCUGCUGAGUCUGUGUAUGGGCUGGACGCUGAGCCGAGGCAGGAAGUCCCAGAUUAAACCGCUGCAGUGGGACUCCUCUCCGACAUCCACGGCUCUUGCUGUUGGAGGAGUUGUAACGCAGGGAGCACUGCUGAUCUGGGAGCAGUUUGAGGACACUGAGCACCACAGUUAUCAUGGUUAUCACAGUGUACCUGGGUUACUGCUGAUGGUGCUGCGAGUUUCUCUCACACUGGUACUUGCAUCAGUAUUGUACCAGAUAAUCUCUGCAGAGCGGAGCACACUCAAAAGGGAUUUCUAUCUCAGCUUUGCCAAGGGCUGUUUCCUGUGGUUUCUGUGUCACCCAGUCCUUGUUCUCCUUUCCAUCCUGUUCAGUGAGCAUCAAAAGGAAAAGGUCAUAACCAUUGGUGUGAUUCUGUGCCAGUCCAUCUCAGUGGUGAUCUUGUAUAGGCUAUUCCUCUCUCGUAGUCUUUACUGGGAAGUAUCAUCGCUUUCCUCUGUGACUCUCCCUAUAACCAUGUCUAGAAGCCAGCGGGGACGAUACUGAAGUGCGGUACUGAUACUAAACUAUUCACACCAGUCCGUAAAGAGCACAGGGCCACUCCAGAAGAAGCACUUUGCUGAUAGAUGGAUCAAAAGGUGUGUAUGGAGCAAAAUCACGUGUAUUACCUUGUACACGUUACCUUGCACAUGCCUUAUAUCAUAUGCAAUGUUGCAGGGCAGAGAUAAGAUAUGACAGCUGGGCCCUUCUGAACAAUAAGAACCUGUGUGAUCUAUUGAGACAGACAUGCAGGACUGAGGUUUCCUUUUUUGUUGCAGAUUAGCAAUAUUUCAUCUGUUUAAGAAUCCCCAUAAACUAGAAAAGGACAUUGUAGAUAAUCAUGUACAUGAUGUUGCUGAUGUAUGAAAAACUCAGUUUGUAUUUUAUCUGUGGUUUAAUGGUCAGCUUAUUAACUACUACAGACUGAUGACAAUUAAAUGAAAUAUCAGCUGCUGUGUUAUCUGAGAUAUUUUGCUGGCCUGGUUUGGCUCCACUUGCCCUGUUAUAGGAAAGAGUCACAAAAACAUUAAUGCAAAGUACUUGUGACCUUUAUCCUAUCCUGGUCUCUUCUAAGAAGACAAUAUCUCCCAUCCACAGGACUCAAAGACUCUCUGAAUGAUUUGAUGAGGAUGAAACUGUAAUUCAUUUGCUUUGGCCUUGAAAUAAAGACCCAACUCAAUGAAAGGCCUGUAGAAGAUUUGGGAGUGAAAUGUUUUGUCUGCACUCACUUAGGCUGUUUUCAGAACACCAGCUGAACUUUGGAAGAAUGGUAUUCAUCCCUCCACUACAGUUCCACAGACUUGGAAAAAUCUGUACCAAGGAGCAAUGAGGCUAUUUUAUGCCCUGUGGCGACCCAAGACUUUACUAAGACACUUUAUGUUGUUUUUUCUUUAAUUUGUUACCUGUCUAUUUAAAUGGCAUCUAAAUAAUAUACAUUUAAAUAGCUGGAUCAUGGGACUGGUUCAAGCGCUCUGCGAUGGACAGGAGUUCGAUCUAGAGUGUAUUUCAUCCUAGGCUUUGGACACACCGUGACCCUGACAAGACAGUUACUGAAGAUGAGUGAAUGUUACUGGUUAUGAAAUCAUAAUCAUAUGGAAUCCCACUAUGAAAGAUCUUUUAUGUGAAUCAUUGCAACACUAAUAUCUCGGGUCUGUUUUUUUUGGGGGGGAAAGCCAUGGUUUAAAGCCAUGAAUAGAUUCUUGACUGUAUAGAGCAAUGGGGUAAAUAUGCAUUUGCACACAGUACUAAUAGUUACAUGCAUGUUUUUUUUAAACUAAACUUGAAUAAAGAUGCGAGUGUUUGCUGUCUGAAUUAGUAAGGACUUUUAAUAUUGUAUCUGGUUUGAUGUUCACUUUCACAAGUGCCUGAAAUGACAAUCACUUUGCCAGUGAAAAGUCUAAUGUUGUUGCUCUGUUGAUGAAUAAAAAUGGAGACUGAGACUGUA